AUGGAAAAAGCUAUAGAAAUACAGAAACAAGCGCGGGAGAACGUUAAAUCGAUUCAAACUUACAUGACAGAUUUGCAGAAUUGGGAAGCUGAAAUGAAAAGAAAAGAGGCAGCUUUGAACGGUGUUUGCGAACAGGACCUGCCACCAAUUCGUAGUAAAGCGAAGAAAGAUCGUCCUGUUCGGGAGAUAAAGAAGGCUCCAGAAAAACGGAUUAAAAGUUAUGAUUAUACAGCAUGGGAGAAAUUUGAUGUUGAUAAAGCUUGUGAGGACGUAGACAUGGCAGACAUAGGUCCAAUGUCUUUAGACAGCAAGAAAAGUCAGCAGGCGAAGGAGGAGAAACUCAGAGAGGAGGCACAAUAUGAAAAAGAAAGGGGCAACACAUUUGUUAAAAGUGGUAAAUGGGACGAGGCAAUAUCAUGCUACAAUAGAGCCAUUGAACUGGUCAAAGAUGAUGCUAUUUAUUAUGCUAAUAGAGGACUAUGUUACUUGAAGAAAAACAGUCUACACCAGGCAGAGUCGGAUUGUACAGAGGCCUUACGUCUGGACCCUACAUAUGUUAAAGCAUUGCAUCGCAGAGCUAUGGCUAGAGAACGUCUUGGCUCACUUCGGUCAGCGUCUCAAGAUCUCGGUGAAUUGUUAAAGUUUGAACCAAACAAUAAUGCAGCUAAGAAACAGCUGGAUGCACUUAAAGCGAGGAUGGGAACUAAAGGAGCAAAGUCAAAAUCUUCACCAUUAUCGACGCCUACAGUAGAAAGCAAACCACUGUUCAAACCAAAAACAGAGCCCAAAAUCACGGAGCUGCCCGCAGAGCCAGUACCAGUACUAACAGCUGAAGAGAAAUGGAGAACUGGUGUUGGAGAGAAUAUUACAGUUAUUAUACCAGUGAAAAAACCACCGCAUUUAAGAUCUAAGAGACCACUAAAACCAAUACCAAUUCAAGAAAUAGAACUAGGCAAAAUCUCGCCAGAAAAACCAUCAACUCGACUCAAAAUCAUUGAAAUCGAGGACAGCUUGGCUCAUGGAGAUACUAACAAUAAUGACUCUAACAAAAUUGAAGAAACUCCAGCCAAAGCUAUAGAUAAUAUUGAAGAGAAAGGUGAAGGUGAUAAACUUGCUAGUCCAGAAUCUGUGAAACUCAUCUCAGAGUCUAUAGUGUCAGAGAAGGAGAUUCAGAAUUUAGUUCCACCGGUCAAUAGUGUUCAGUUUAUGGCGGAGUGGAAAUAUUUGAAAGGGAAAGAUGUGGCCAGAUGUCAUUAUUUGAGUAUAAUAGAUCCUUUAAAAAUUCCGUCCAUUUUCGACAACGCACUCGAAAGCGACGUUCUGUCUGACGUGCUCCGUAUCCUCCACGACAACACCAAGGUGUUUAGCAACAAGACGAUCACUGCGUACCUGGUGGGGCUGAGCAGAGUGAAGCGGUUCUCUGCACUAGCCAUGUUCCUCUCCACUGCUGACAAGACAAUGUUAACGACAUUGCUAAACUACUGCAAGACGUCCGAGAACUGCAGUGAAAACGUCAUAGCUGAUCUGAAGAACAAAUAUGAACUUUAA